AUUAGAAGAAAAUGAUAAUUAUACAUAAUAGUAUUGCUUAAUUAUGGAUAUUGAAAAGCCUAAGAAAGAUUUGUUUUUUAUUGCAGAAGCUCUUUCACAUAUUCGAGUUAUCAACCUUGUUUUAGAGUUUUCAGAAAAUAUAUAUCAACCAAGCUCUUUAAAGCUUUUUAAUACACAUUCUAUUUCUAUAAAAUCCAAUAAGAUUUCAGAAAUUAUUUUUCUUCCUGAUGAAAUUGAAAAAGAUGUAUCUAUACGAGUAGAUCAGCAACCUAAUACUUUAUCAAUCCGUCUUCCAUUAAGUAAUUUAUCUAUUAAGAGUAUGAAUGAGAUAUCACCGUGGUCAGCAGUAUAUAUUGAUCCUAAUUCUGAUUUUUGUUGUGGGUUUUGUUUGGGUUCUUUAUUGAAUAAAGAUCAAAUAAAACAUUGGAGAAAUCUUCCAUCAGAUAAUUGGGCUGAUAUGAUGGAUUAUUGGAUAUGUUGUAAGGGGAAAGAUAAUGCAUUUGGGAAUUAUAAGAUAUCACAAAAUAUUAAGUCUCUUUCUGACUCUGGUAUUAUUUUUGUAGGGUUAUCAUAUUUUCUUAUUUCUGAAAAAAAUCUACAAAAUAUAAAGGUUCAAGGAAACAAAGUGUUAUGUAAUUUGUGCCAAAUGAAUAUAGGCAUAUUAACUGAGGAUGGAAUAAAACUUUAUAAAUGGAAACUAAUUGAAAAGAAUAUGGAAAAAGUAGUCUCUUUUGAUAUUGAUAUUUUUAUUUCUGCUGAAUUAUUGGCUUUGAUUGAAAUAUACCCAGAUCAUAAAUUUGAUAUUUAUAAUGAAGAAUCAGGAAAAUGCAUAUUAAAGGUAUGGCGCAAAUAUAUAUAUUUUUUAUUUAUAAAUAGAUAUGGGUAUUUAAUUCUGAUUUAAGAAUCACAAAUGGUUCAUUUUAUACAUCUGAUGUAAAUAUUAGUAAUAAAACAUACAACAAAUUUCCUGGAGUUCGUGUAAUGAAAGUAUUUUAUAUGUUAAUUCAAGAUACUCAAAUAAAAUCAAAUUUUAAUAAUAUUUCAUUUCAUUCAGAAAUGGUUG